UCUUCUGUUGUGCCGCGGGCACAAAGGAAAGUGCUGGGUUCAGCGGCUGGGCACGGGGCUGGGGAGAGGCUUCCAGCUCGCCCAGCGCUUUGCAGGAUGUGAUGACUGGGCGGCCGCGCAGACACUGAUGAGCUGGCAGUUCCUUUGUGCGCCCGCCCGGGGGUCUGCCCUUGCCAGGCUAUAAAGUGGGGGCCUCGCUGCGCCCCGAAACACAAGCCCGCUCACUCCAACAAGAAGCAGCAGCUGCCCAGGUAAGAUGACAAAGUCCCCGGGCACCGGGCUGCAGCCGGACCCGAGGAGGGGAGAGGGAAACGCAGGGUCUCAGCCGUGGCCACCACUGUGGUCAUCGUGUCUAGGAGCACCCUGGUGCUCAGCGUCCCACCACCCUCCGCUACCCCGGCAGCCACUGGUGACACUCCUCUGUGUGGCCACCAGCUCCUCUGUGUGGCCACCAGCAGGGUGCCCGCUGGAGGGCCUCAGCAAAGCAGGGCUGUCCCCUUCCCACCCCAUCAUGGGCUGCCCCGGUCCCCAAUGGGAUCCCAGGCACACCCUGUGUGGGACAUCCCCAGCACCCGCUGCAGCGUCAGGCCCCAGCCUGGCUUGUGGGAGCACGGAGCAACUGGGCACCAGGGCUCGGGGCCGCCCUGGGCACCCCUGCAGCGGUGGGACCAUGCUCAGGGCUCUCCUGACCACAGAAGGAGAGUGUCAAUGCCUGGGACCUCCUGUGGUCCUCCUGGUGAAGGCAGAACCCCUCUGCCUGUGCCUGCCUGGAGAAGCUCCCGGCAGCUCCUCUCCUGCCCCCAGCCGCCCACCCCACUGCUGAGCCCCCCCAUCCCAAUGCGACCAUCCCCAGGGCAGGGGAAGGGCUGGGGCGGCUGGUGGGUGCCCACGUCCAUGCCUCCCCUCUAAUCUGCUGGCAUCUCCACCUGGUGCCCUGUCCCAGACUUGAGCCCCAACACCACGAUGUCUGAGACCACGAAACUUGCUGCUCCCGGCCAGGCCAUGGAGGAGAAGGAGAAGGUGGCCCCAGCGCCCACUCCAUCCCUCGACCCUGCUCCCGUCGCAAACAGCAAGGGCGAGGAGCCCUCCACAGAAGCCUUCAGGAUCAUCGUCUUCGACCAGGAGAACUUCCAGGGCAGGCAGAUGGAGUUCACCACUGAGUGCCUGAACCUGGGGGACCGCGGCUUUGACCGGGUGCGCAGUGUCAUCGUCACCUCUGGACCCUGGGUGGCCUACGAGCAGGCCAACAUGCGCGGGGAGAUGUUUAUCCUGGAGAAGGGUGAGUACCCUCGCUGGGACACCUGGUCUAGCAGCUACCGGAGCGACUGCUUCAUGUCCAUGCGUCCCAUCAAAAUGGUGAGUGCUCCAGGAGCAGAAAGCACCCAGUGGGGUCUGGCCAGGGCCGGAUCUGUGCUGCUCGAUGCCUCAUGGCAGCGAGCUCCAGGGCUUUGGCCGCACCACCCAGCGCCUUCCCUCUGUCUUCCCCAGGAGGCUGAGGACCACAAAAUCUCCCUGUACGAGUCUGCUGACUUCAAGGGCAACAAGAUGGAAAUCCAGGAGGACGACGUGCCCAGCCUCUGGGCUUAUGGCUUCUGCGACCGCGUGGGCAGCGUGCAGGUGCCCAGUGGAACCUGGGUCGGGUACCAGUACCCUGGCUACAGAGGCUACCAGUACCUCUUUGAGACCGGAGACUUCCGACACUGGAACGAGUGGUCUGCCUUCCAGCCCCAGAUCCAGUCCAUCCGCCGCAUCCGGGACAUGCAGUGGGACCAGAAGGGCACCUUCGUCACCCCCGACGCGCCCUCCGACUGAGCGUGCCCCCUGCUAGCUACGAGUCCCGGGCCCCGUGGGGCACCCCCGCCUCCCCUCGCGCUCGCCUGCUCAGCACUUUCCUUGUACAUUGCACAUUCCCUGGAUG